UUUGCCUUCUUCCUCCCUCACGCAGCCAUGGGAACUUCCCAAAGCAGGGCAGAAUCCCCAACAGGAAAGAAAGGAAGCAGAAUAGUUAUCCUUAAGAGUAAAGAAGAUGGUUCCUUGCUUGGUCGUAUGAGUGACAUCUCCCUUGGAAUUUUCUAUAUAACUCUUAAGAUCGACUUUCUCACUUGAGCUAUUCUCAAAGUUCCAAGCUUUUUCUUGGUUGAUUGCCUGUCAACUUGCUCGAAGCUUCAGUUCGAUGGGGUCCAACACAAGAGAUGUAGAAAGAGGAAAAAGCAGAGAAAAUCCGCUGGGAGAAACAGAUUGGAAGCUAGUGCUCAAUCAACACAUGAGGAGGUUUUUUAUGAGUGUGAAGUGGGUUAAGAUACUUAUAGUGUUAUUAGCCAUUGAGGUCUCAUUACUAGAUCCUCUCUUCUUCUAUAUUCUCGUGAUCAAUGACCAGCAGAAGUGUGUUCGCUUGGACAAAAAGCUGGGGACUGCAGUUAUGGUCUUUCGUUCACUCAUCGAUUCCUUCUAUGUGAUUUACAUCAUUGCUCAACUUCAUAUAUAUUUCUCGGUGCCACGUUCUAGAAAAGAUCAGCGCAUAAGAUUGGGGAAAUUUUUCCUAAUUGACUUUCUAGCUGUUCUUCCUCUACCACAGGUGGUUAUAUUGAUCAUCCCAGCAAUGAGGGGCUCCAGGUUUUUGAAUGCGAUGUACUUGUUGAGAUCUGUUGUCCUUUGCCAAUUUGUACCUAGGUGUUUUCGGGCAUACCUGUUCAUUACUUCAGGCACUUUUGGAGAACCGGUAGAGGCAAGAUUCAAGUUCAGUCCACUUUUCUUCUUGCUAGGCAUUAAUGUUAUUGGAGCCUUAUGGUACUUUCUCUCCAUUCAGCGAUUAGUGCAAUGCUGGACCAAAGCCUGUGAAACUCAUGCUGGGUGUGUCAACUCCUUUUACUGCAAGGACAAUAUUAGCGACCACACCUCUCUGAAAGAUUUUUGCCCCAUGGAUACACAAAAGAAUGCUUUCUUUGACUUUGGAAUAUUUAGUGAUGCUCUUCAGUCUCGUGUUGUGGAAAUGACAUAUUUUCCAAAGAAGUUUUUGUACUGUUUCUCAUGGAGUCUGCAAAAUCUUAGUGGCUUUGGUCAAAACCUGAAAACAAGCACCUAUAUCUGGGAAAGCUUAUUUGCAAUUUUUAUGAGCAUCUUGGGCAUGCUUUUGUUUUUACUUCUCAUCGGAAACCUGCAGACAUUUAUGGAUUCUCGAAGAAAGAUGGAGCAAGCAAGAAAUAGAUGGAAAGCUAUAGAAAGCAUAGAGAAAUGGCCGCCUCUCAAAAACCUCGCUGAGAAUCUCAAACAGGAUAUCACAAAAUACCUUAAAUAUAAUUGGGAAAAGAAUACCACUGAUGCAGGUCUUAUUCUACUUGAACUUCCCCCUAAACUCAAGAGGAGAAUAGAGCGCGCAUUCAGCGUAAACUCAUUGAAGAAUGUAAAGGCGUUUAAAGGCAUUGGUGAAAAUUUCAAGGAUGAUCUGUAUAAGUCUAUUGAGCUGAAGCUAUUUGAUGAAGGUGAAGACAUUGUGCAGCGGGGAAACACAAUUGAUAACAUGGUCUUUAUCGUGGAAGGAAAGCUAGAGGCCCGUAGUUCUCUCAAUGAAGAAAACUCAAUUAAGGUCCUUAAAGAUGGUGACCACUGUGGAGAAGAAGUUACAUGGGAUGUUUUUAAUGAUGAGGUGUCAUUUGAGCCUUGGGUAUCAACUAUGACUAUUAAAGCUCUCACUAGAGUUUAUGCCCUUGUUCUCCCAGCUGAUAAAGUGAGAGAUUUUCUCCGUCACCUUCACCACGACGUCAAAAGGAGCGCAAGGCAUGAAUUUGGCUUUUAUUUACUUAACAAGGUAAUGGGGUUUAAAUCCAUGGGUAGAGAGGAGCUGAAUGUUCUCUCUGAUGCUAUCAAGCUACAGCUAUUUGAAGAAGGUGAUGAUAUUAUAAAAGCGGGGACCGAAAUUUAUCGCGUGGUCUUGAUGGUGCAAGGAAAGCUAGAGGCUCGUAGUUCUCGCGGUGAAAUAAUAGACUCAAAUGAAGUCAGUAACCUCUGUGGGGAAAAACUCGUACAUGCAUUUCUUAAACGUGAGAGGCACCCCUUGUCAACUGUGACCGUUAAAACCCUCACGAGAGUUCGAGCCAUUGUUCUCCCAGCCGCGGAUGUGGGACACUGUCUCAUUCACGUUCCCAUUUUCAGCAAAUGGGUCAUACAAGCCAAAAAUCAGAUAGACAAACUUAUGGAAAACAUUGACUGAUUACAAUUAUUUACAAUUGUAUCUUUAUUUUUCA